GGCUGCGAGGAAGAGGAAGAUGCCUCGGGCCCCCCAGGCAGGCCCCGAGCUGAGGACGGAGAGCCCGGAGGACAAAUCCCCCCGUGAGACCCUGGUGGGAGAGGCUGUUUUGAAGGGCUCCCCGGCGCAGGAAGGCAGCGGGGAGGAAAAGGGCCGGAGAUCCCCCCGCAGGAGGGGCUCCAAAGCCAUCCCAGGGUGCUCUGAGGAGGAAAGAGCCAGCCUGUGCCGGGAAGGCGGCUGGAGCUUGAGGGGGAGCUCUGAGCUGGUGGACCCUGAGCAGCCUCCCAACAGGGAGAAGCCCUUCAGGUGCUUGGAAUGUGGGAAGAGUUUCAGGAAAAGCACCCACUUUCUCCGACACCAGCACAUCCACACUGGGGAACGCCCCUACACCUGUGGGGAAUGUGGGAAGAGCUUCAACCAAAGCUCCAACCUCUGCACCCACCAACGCAUCCACACUGGGGAACGGCCCUACACGUGUGGGGAAUGUGGGAAGAGCUUCAACCAAAGCUCCAGCCUCCGCACCCACCAGCACAUCCACAGUGGGGAAUGGCCCUACACAUGUAGAGAAUGUGGGAAGAGGUUUCAGACCAGCUCACAUCUCCUCAGGCAUGAGCAGACGCACACGGAUGAGAGGCCGUUCCGCUGCACCGACUGCGGGAAGGGCUUCAGUCGGAACUUCACCCUCAUCACCCACCGGCGCAUCCACACCGGGGAGAGGCCCUACAAGUGUGGGGAGUGUGGGAAGACCUUCCCCCACAGCUCUACCUUGACCAAACACCAACGGACCCACCAGUAAGGGAAACCCUAUGAAUGCCCCGACUGCAGGAAGAGCUUCGACCGCUGCUUUCACCCCGAAUGAACCCCCUGAUGCUGAGGCAAC